UGUGUGUGUGUGUGUGUGUCUCGGAAUAAAUCUGGGAAUACAAACAUUAUCUGUUGUAAUUAGGGAAAAGCCAAGCAGUUGAAAGGAUUUCCACUGUUUUGGAUAGAGGGGGGAAAGUGUGUAAUCCCUUCAAGCCAGCGUGUGUCCUGUGGAUUACCAGACUGCUGUCAGUCUUUGUUCACAGUUAAUUACACGUAUCCAUUCAAUAUUGAGGAAGUUUGCAAAUUCUUCCAAUUAACUGCACCUCAAUUGUAGGGUAACUCUCAGGGGUCGCGCGCUUGCUGUUUGAGAUCAUGUUUUGUUCAUGUAACAAAAUCCUCUAAUGGCCCAAACCACUACAGUUAAAGUAGUUUUACGCGCAGAAUUGUAUGCUUUACAGCUGUUACGUUUUCUAUUAAUUAGACUAGCCAACUUAAGAUUUGGGUUAAUCAAUAAAACUUUAAGAACAACGUUAUAGUUUUAUUAAUCUCUCACAGCAUUGACGAUGAUACACUUUACUCAAUUGAAAUUAAUUGCCACGUUCUGCUUGACAAGAACCUUAAAAAUUAAACGUUUAAUUUUGUUCAAAUUAUUAUUUAUACCAAUAUUAAUGUAUACAAAUAAUAUUUUUCUGUCAUAUAUUUAUAUAAACUACAUCUUUUACAAAAACUUGUUAUGGUUAAACUAAUAAUGCAAAAUUAAUUGAACGUAAAUGGAAAUUUAUUUUAGCGGUGACUAAAAUCACAAUUUUAUUGACAUUUUAAAAUCAAAUGGGCCUUGCAAUUCUGAUUGAAUAUGUAAUCCCACCCCAGUUUAUUUUAUUUCUGUAGGCCAUCGUGCUCAAGACAUCUGGAGUGGGAAAAGAUGAUUUAAGAUUUACAUAAGACGGUUUAUAAAGCUUCUUUAUUAAGGAUCUCUGGGAGGAGUUAAAUGCCAUAGACAAUACAAGAUCCCUCAUUUUGGUCAUUCUGACGUUUCUUGACGUGUCGAAGGGGAAGUCACUCGCACAAUAGGACCCCGGUCGAGGGGAUCCAUAUAAGACCCCUGAGGGUCACUGUAUCCUCACUGAGUGCGGCUCAAACACUGGAGAAAGUUGCGUGAUUUGUUUCUGCUGGGACAGCUUGGAAUAUUAAAAACAUUUUUUUUUUACAAAAAAAUAUUGAAAAUAAGAAAAAUUUUGCUUUGGCACAAGGUGCGACUUUCUGUACUUUUCUUUUUUAAACGAAAAGUUGGAUGCGACUUGUUGGAUCACAGUGCCAAGACAUGGAUGAGCGUCUCUCUCCAACUGCGCGCUUGGCUCGCAGUCCUGCUUCCCAAACGCGAAUCCACAGCAUCGAAUCCAUUUUGGGAUUUAAAGGAGAAAAUAUGUUUCACCCGGCGUUUUCCUUUGGCUCAGGAAGACCAGUCAAAGGAAUUGAAGACCCUAACGAGGGUUUGUCCCCUAAAAAGGACACUUCUAACUCCAAAAACUUUGAAAGUGUAUGUAGAUCUGUCACCAUGGUCAGUCCUGAUUUACCGGACGGAGAUUGUGGUAAAUUAUCGGACGAUGAAAAUCCCAAGAAGAAACACAGACGUAACCGGACUACGUUCACCACAUUUCAGCUGCACGAGCUCGAAAGAGCGUUUGAAAAGUCGCAUUAUCCUGACGUGUACAGUAGAGAAGAGCUCGCGCUAAAAGUCAACCUGCCUGAAGUUCGAGUACAGGUGUGGUUCCAAAACCGGCGUGCCAAGUGGCGCCGUCAAGAGAAACUGGAAGUGAGCUCCAUCAAACUGCAGGAGUCAUCCAUGCUUUCCAUCAGCAGAUCAGGGCCACUGUCUCUGGGUAGUGGUUUACCCUUGGAGCCCUGGCUUACUGCAUCGAUUUCUUCCUCCUCCUCUUCACUACAAUCCCUACCCAGCUUCAUCACCCCUCAACAUGGUGUGCCAGCCAGCUACACGCCUCAGCAGUUUCUCAGCUCAUCCACGCUCAACCACCAUCUACCACACAUAGGGGCGGUGUGCCCACCUCCACAGGCAUAUCAGUGCUCGGGGUUUAUGGAUAAAUUUUCACUGGAAGAGGCAGAUCCACGAAACACAAGCAUUGCAUCGUUAAGAAUGAAAGCUAAAGAGCACAUACAGUCUAUAGGGAAAACGUGGUAGAUGUUGAAUAUUGUAGGACUGAGAAAACCAGAGACUUUGGAAAAUAUGCUACAUCCUUUGAUGUCAAAGACACUGGAGACCAUCAAUCCACACUCGAGUCACCCUGAGUGACAGACAUUUUAGUAUCUUUAUAAACCCCACAGAUCAAAAGUGUUCAUUGUGGAUGUCAGAUCAGUUUACAACUGUUUUUGUAUUUAAAAGUUCAUGAAUGUAUUUAAACAUGUUCAUAUACAUUUCAAAUAGCCAAACAGGGCUAAUUCAACCCUUUUGUGUGACCACAAAAAGCAUAGAGAUUUUAGAGAAAUCAUACCUGCAUUUAAUUUAAUUUAAUGCAUUUGAUUAAUCUGUCUUCCAUUUAAAAUCCAUUCAUGUGUCUACAAAACCCAUUCUGUGCUAGGUAUUUAUUUUUUAUUCAGCAAUGCACAGUACAGCUUGCCACUUUUAAUUGGAUUUUUGUUUUCACACUGUACAAAUAAAUUUUGUAUUUUUUAAAAGUAAAUUCAUUAAAAAACA